AUGGCCUCUACCACUGUAGAGAUGACGGCUACCCUCAAUGCACCAACCCCCGACUACAAAUUGGCCGAGGAUACGCUGGAUGGUGAACCGGUAGCUGCGGGAGACGACAUCAUUGUCGUUGACGGCAGUUCUACCUUGAGCCUUGGUCCUGACUCCCUCGUGUUAACAAAAUCGACUCAUGCGAAACCAAAGAGGACCUGUGGCAUCAUUCCCACCAGCGAUUCUUCGAAUGCUAGCGAAUCGAUACCCCUCUACAAUGUCCUUUGGGCCGAACUAGCCUCUCCUUCUACCCUCGUCAUCGACUUCGCGACUCAACAAAGCUCCAAAAACUCGGCUUGGGAAACGUAUGGCCCUGCGAAGCUCCGCAAGCGCGCCAAGGUGCUCGUCAACCCCCACGCCGGACCUGGGGGCGCCGACAAACUCUGGGAGCAUGAAGCGAAGCCCAUUUUUGAAGCCGCGCGGAUGGCUCUCGAUGUAGUGAGGACGAAAUACUCUGGCGAGGCUAUCGAGAUUGCGGAAAAGACCGACAUCGACGCUUAUGACACCAUUGUGGCAUGCUCGGGAGAUGGGUUGCCACACGAGAUCUUCAACGGCUUGGGCAAGAGGCCCGAUGCACGCAAGGCGCUGGCCCAGCUGGCCGUGUCGCAUAUACCCUGCGGCUCCGGAAACGCCAUGAGCUGCAAUCUCUACGGCACCCACCGCGCAUCCCUUGCUGCCCUCGCCAUCGUCAAGGGCGUCCCGACCCCCAUGGACCUUGUCAGCAUCACCCAAGGAGACCGACGGAUAUUGAGCUUCCUAAGCCAAUCCCUAGGCAUCGUCGCCGAGUCAGAUUUGGCCACGGAGCACUUGCGGUGGAUGGGCGGCACACGGUUCACCUACGGUUUCCUGGUGAGGCUCUUCCGGAAAAUGGUGUACCCUUGCGACUUGGCGGUCCAGGUCGAAAUCGAACACAAGGACGACGUGAAGGAGCACUACAGGCGCGUGCGCAGCUAUCACUCACUCGACGCGCUGGCCAACGGAGUUGAUGGGGCUGGCGACAGCGGGCGGUCAGCGGCGGACGAGACGGCGGACUCUGGGUCGAGCGUAGCAGCGGCAGGGUCAAGCGAAGAAGGGCUACCGCCGCUCAAGUAUGGGACGGUCAACGACAAGUUGCCUGAGGGAUGGGAACUUGUGCGCUACGAAAAGAUGGGCAACUUUUACUGCGGAAAUAUGGCUUAUAUGGCGCCGGAUGCCAACUUCUUCUCGGCGGCAUGUGUCAACGACGGUUUGAUGGACCUCGUUUGCAUUGAUGGGGAUGUGUCGCCCUUGACCUCGAUCGGACUGUUGCUCUCCGUCGAAAGUGGAAAGUUUUUUGAGAAUCCGCUCGUGUCGUACCGCAAGAUCAAGGCGUUCCGCAUCAUUCCGCGAGACCAGAAGGAUGGCUACAUCAGCAUCGACGGCGAACGCGUGCCCUUUGAGCCAUUCCAGGCCGAAGUACAUAAGGGCCUGGGCACCGUCAUCUCGAAGAGCGGCGACUUUGAAGCACCGGGCCCUCGCGACUGGGACAACGUAACGUUAGCGGACAGGCUCAUGGCGUAG